AUAACAUUAAACGCCCCUAUAUCCUCGUAGGUACCCCGGCUCCGAGCGUGUCUGUCUGUUUGGAUGGCUGGAAGGACACCAAACCUCAUGUUACAAAGCCGUACAGACGACAGCCACUCUCCACCAAGCGCGAUCAAAAUGUCACGAGGCUGGCGGAGACCUCGCGGACAUCGCAUCUCCGAGGAGAACGACUUCGUGCUGAAGCUUGCCAAGGCACUCAAGGGUUCCCCAGAUCAGGUAUGGAUUGGUUACCGUAGGCGAAGUGAUGGCCGUACCUUCUACUGGGUGACCGGGGCCCCUAGAUUCUACACCAACUGGACCAAAGGAGAGCCCAGCAAUAUCAAGACAGAAUUCGUGUACAUGUACGUUCGUCAUCGCCUUUACAGACCCCAAGGGAAAUGGAACUAUUCGAGUUGCUCUGGGGAUAGACUUUUUCCUGCUGGCUACGUAUGCGAGAUGCCACAGCGCCAAGAAAAAUAGCGCCAGACCAUUUACAAUAUGUCAAUACGAAUGUAUAAAGACAUAAUAAACGGCGAUUGCAUCUAC